AGCCAAUUGGCUGGAACUCCAAGCGAAUGGGUAUAUCGCGCGCGUCCAGUGCGCUGAAGUGUGGUGUCCGAUGGCGCCCGAGUUUUACCGCGAAUACCUGUCCACAAGAACCUGUAAAAAGAUGCUCUUAUAUGUGAUGAAUCCAAAUAAGUUCAGAGUUUGUCAGUUCUUAAUCAAAUACCACGAGAGACGUAAUGAUAAGAUAAUUGUCUUUUCCGACAAUAUCUUUGCGCUCGUAAACUACGCCAAACGGAUGGGACGUCCCUAUAUCUACGGCCCGACAUCACAGGGCGAACGGCUCCAGAUUCUGCAGAACUUUCAAUACAAUCCCAAACUGUCGACAAUAUUCGUGUCGAAGAUCGCCGACACGUCGUUCGAUUUGCCCGAAGCCAAUGUACUGAUCCAAGUGUCCAGUCAUGGCGGCUCUCGACGACAAGAGGCCCAACGAUUGGGCCGUAUUCUGCGCCCGAAGAAGGGAAUGAUGGCCGACGAGUACAACGCCUUCUUCUAUUCGCUGGUAUCGCAGGACACGCUUGAGAUGCAGUACUCGCGCAAACGGCAGCGCUUUCUC